AUGCAAACAUCCUCCAAUUCAAGUGCAGGUCCCGGAGUUUAUCCGUACAUCGACUCGACUAAUACUGCAUAUCCCACCUCACAGGACCCCCCACCCAACACAUUCAUGAAUAGGACAUACUCAGGGGACCUUCAUCCACAGCAGCAGCAACAGCAGCAGUUCAGAGACUCAUACUCCUCUCUGGAACAACAGCAGGUGGGUUCGUAUCCGGACGCUAGUAACACAGAUAAGAAACUCUCUCCUAACGUCAAGAGGGAAACUUCCAUGCCUGCAAACGUCAAUUUCUCAACCGUUAUGCAGUCCCUCAACAACGCACGAGGUCAAACACCAAUGAAUAUGGCUCCACCUCCGCCCUCUCAACAACAACAGCAACAGUUUCUACUGCAACAGAGGUUUCAGCAGCAGCAGCAGGCUAUUCUAAGGAACGAGUACCAGCGAGAACAGCAGCAGCAGCAGCAUCCGCCAAACAUGAAUAUGAACAUGAACGUUCCUAUACCGCAACAACAACCACAGCAGCAGCAGCAGCACCUGGCAUCGAGUAACGCCACACGCAGCACUCUAAACGCAUACAUAUUUGAUUUCCUGGUGAAAUCACAACUAAAUAGAACUGCACUCGCAUUCUCGCAAGAAAAUGGCGUCGACAUCUCCGAGAAUGGUAAUAGACCAGUCCAUCUCUCGGAUAAUUUAGAUGAACCACCCAGUUUCAUCCCAAUAAAUGAUACUCCAAGGGGGUUCAUUUACGAAUGGUGGCAGAUCUUUUGGGAUCUAUUCAACGCUACAGCUCAUAGAGAUGGUUCAGAGCAAGCAAAGAAAUAUUUCCAGAUAAUAUCUAGAAAGCAAAGACAAGAUGAUAUUGCAAGAAGUUUCGCCAUUAAUGCUGCAAGAAUACAGUACAACGAAGAGAUGAAUGGAGAUUUCGUUCAUGAAUCGGAACAUUCUUUGAAUCAUAUGCAACUUGCUAUGACAAUCGCAAAUUCAGACCCUUAUCUAAUGAAACAGGGACCCGGAAUGGCAAUGAAUAAUAAUCGAUAUCCUCAAUAUCCAGUGGCUAUCCCACCGAGACAACCACAACCACCACCACCACCUCCCCCUCCUCCUUUCGCUCCGGCUCCUUCUGCUUCUUCAGCACCUUUACCUAGAACACAUUCAUCUUCUUCUACUAAUAACAAUUUUGCAUCCCCCGUGAGGACUCCAUACUACCAGCAGGGAGAACUAAUACCUGGACCUGGUACUGUACCCGAUAGACCUAUAUUCCCAAAUAAUCAAGCACCCAACCCGAACAUGACUCAAUACUAUCACCCUCAUCCACCACCACCACCACCUCCUACAUCUGCUCCUCAACCUCAAACUGUGAAAGAACAACCCACACAACUUCAUUCCCAAAAGACAAAACGUAAAUUAAAAUCAUCCAAUGCAUCAUCAUCAUCAGCCAACACAUCUUCUUCCUCAUCAGUACCCACACACUCCACCAAAAAACCCUCGAAAAACAACAAUAACAAGUCCACAACAUCGUAUAAAGUAUCUAAGCGCCAAACGGCAAAGAAGACUAAAGAUUCCAAAACUACUUCGAAGAAAAUUAUUCAACAACAAAUUAAUAAUAACAGUAGCGUAAAGGAACCAAAGUCUGAUACCAUUACGCCAGAUUUGACACCAAAGGGAAUAGAGGCCACUCUCCCCAAUUCAACAUCCGGAGAUACUGCGGCUCAUGACCAACGCCAACAAUCACGAUCCUUGGAGAAUACACCAACAAGUUUACCUUUGAAUAAACCAUCUAUGGAUCCACCAUUGACGAAAUUCUCAAAUACCUUAAUAAGAAGAAACUCCAUGACUCAUUUUAUGCCAUUGGAUAGUGAAAAGAAUAGCACAAGUGAUGUCAGUAGUGUGAGUGGUGGCAAUGGUAAUGAGAAUAAUGGUGUUCUCAACGAUCAAAAAUUGAAAAAAUCAUCUAAAUCGGAACCAGUGACUCCACUUAACGCAUCUCUCCUAUCUAAACCAAGUUAUGAUGGCUCUGAGUCUCAACUUUUAUCAACUGUUGCGGAAGUAUCUGAUGUACCCAAGAAUAUCUUGAAUGAACAUUUUAAUAUAAAUACCGCUGAUCCCUUGUUGACAGGUAUCACAGACGAUAACGAUGAUGAAGACAAUGAUUUUAGUAAAUUCAUUAGGCAGGACCAUGAUGACCACGGAGAUGACCCUCAUGCUACCGGUAGCCAGAGUAUAUCUCAUCCCGAUGGCAACACGGUAAGUAACCCUGACGAAGGAUUCGACUUGGACCUCCUGGAUAAUGUCACCGCCGCACAAGACUUUAACUUCCUUAAUUGGACCAAAUAG